AUGGCAUUUAUAAGCAUCUCGUGCUUGUUCACGAUCACCCUUUACAUAUGCUACAAGUUGUUUGUUCGCACCAAUCGCUCGACGCUACCACUUCCGCCGGGCCCAACGCUUCUAAACCCAGGCGCAAUCCCGCAGAAGGAAAUAUGGCUUACGUUUCGAAAAUGGCACAAAGAGCACGGGCCCAUCAUCAGUCUGAAACUCGGAGUCCAGACGAUCAUUAUCCUGGGCAAUCACCAAAUAGCCCAGGACCUGCUGCAUAAGCGCGGCAGCUUAUACAGCACUCAUAUUCAGUCACCCGUCUUCAUGGAAUACGGGCCCAAGUGGAAACUCCAUCGACGGCUUCACACCACGUUUCUCAGCCACCAAUCCACUCGAGCUUGCCAGACUCUUUUAGAUACCCAAAGCAAGAAGGUCUUGCAUAGCCUGCUAUCUACAAACGACUUUGGAUCGUGUUUCCACAAGUAUGUUUCUAACUUAAUGUUCAAUUUGGCAUACGGAAAGGAUGUUGGCGAGGAGAACAAGAGUGAUCUGAAGCACAUGGACACGAUGUUCGAAUCACUGACCCGAGCAACCUCCGUCAUGACUUUCAUGGUGGAUAUACUCCCGAUCCUUGACCGACUUCCGAGAUUCCUCUGCAGGUGGAAAGUCAAAGGCGAAAUGAGCCACAACAAUGUGAAGAAUUCAUUCAUAAAAUGCGUUCAAUCCGCUCUGCAACAGGACACUUGGAACUGGAGCCAGGAGGCCUUCGGUAGAAAGGAAAGCAAAGACUUCUCCCUGGAGCAGCUCGCUUUCAGCAUGGGCGAGCUCUACAUAGCCGGAAGCCACACUAGCGACACAACCUUAAGGAUAUUCGUCUUGGCCAGUCUACUCCACCCCAGUGCUGUGCACGAAGCACAAGGAGAAUUGGACCAGGUCGUGGGAUCACAGAGGCUCCCGUCAUUCGAGGACCAAGACAAACUCCCGUACGUCAAUGCAUUCAUCUCCGAGGUACUCCGGUGGCGGCCAAUGGCCCCGACUGGUGGACCCCGUACACUCUCCGAAGAUGAUGAGUACAUGGGGUAUUUUCUCCCAGCCGGCGCCACUGUCAUUGCAAAUCAAUGGGAAAUGGACAUGGACGAGAGUAUUUUUGAAGACGCCCCUGCUUUCAAGCCCGAGAGGUGGAUCCAGAACCCGGAUCUUCCUCUUUCUGCCUUUGGCUUCGGCAGAAGAGUAUGCCCAGGACAACAUUUUGCACGGUCAACUCUAUUUAUUGCGAUAGCGCGCAUGCUUUGGGCGUAUCACAUAGACUGUCCAGAUGGGAGCAGCUUGGAGGAUGUGAGGACGGCAGACAGGUCCGAGCAUUUUGGUGUGAUAUAUAAACUUCCGCCUUUUGAGGCUUCGUUCCGCGUGCGAGGUCCUGAGCGCCAACAGCUGAUUGAACAAGGGUGGGGAAUGGCGAAUAAGGAUUGUAAAGAUUUGUUAAAAGAAAUUAGAAAUGGCGCCUUUAAUACAAAAGUGAUAGGAGCGCCCUCUGGGGCUCGCUGCUUUACGGGCGAGCGACGCUAA